AUGCCCCCCCAAACCCCUCUAACGCCUUAUAUCUCCCCUCCAAAGAACCCGCACACCCUAACCCUACUAACAUCCCUCCUCGCAAGCCCAAGCAGCUGGCUCACGCACGCCCUUCUGGCGACCCAUCUGACAUCGGACGCUUCAGUCGUGCUAAUAUCUCUAACCCAAGAUCGGGCGUUCCACGUUGACGGUCUACGGAAGCUGGGAGUACCACUACACCACCUAGACCGCAGCGAAAAGUUCACAUUCCUGGGAAUCACGGAUUCAACUUCAGCGCUGACGCGGAGCUUCUCGACGACCGUGCUGGCAGCCGUCGAGUCCGCCGCGCGGGUGAGCGGUGGUCGGGGGGAGGGGGUGGUGGUCGUGCUAGAGAGUCUGGAUUUACUGCUGCAGAUUGGAGGAGAAGGGGGUUACGUUGGUGUUAUGGAUUUGGUUCUUCGUGAGCAGGAGGUGGCGGAGCACACGGUUGUAUCCGUGAACGUUGACGAGGCGCUCAUGCGUGAUGAGGAGCAUGCUGCGUUCGUUAUAGGGCUUGGGCAUGUUGCGCGGAGGGUGUUUGGAUUACGAGGAUUGGAGACGGGUGUUGCGAGGGAUGUUAGUGGGGUUUUGCGCAUCACUGCUGGUGGGGUGGGGGAAGAUGAGGGGGAGGGAGAUGGGGGGGGAAAGGAAGUCUUGUACUUUGUUGGGGAUGGAGGAGGAGUGGAGGUUUUUGAGAGGGGAGAAGUAAGGGGGGUUUAAUUUCGUUAAUGCUUUCUUCCUGGAAGUGGGGGGGGGAUGUCAUGUUUGUACACUAGCAUUCAUGAAAUAGAGACCAUGAAAAGGCAAGCAA